CGACGACCUCUUUCAUCUUGGCCACAUUGUUCACCACCUCGACGACCCACAGGAACGCCAAAGAAAAGCCGUUUAUAGCCUGUUGCUGGCCUAACAGAACUCUAUACGUCAGAGCCAGCCCCCCGCCUCAGCUUUGGGCAUCACGACAUCAUCACGACGACCGACGCUUUGUUGUUAUUGUUCGCUCCACCCGUCACCCGUCGUACGCGUGGGACAAACACGCUACGGCUCGUUGUUGCCACUCGAGCUAUCUCGCGCGCCUGUUGUCGGACGAGCGGAAAGAGCGUCACAAGCGGGGUAGUAUCACCACCAGUGCCCACGUCGCCGCCGCCGUCGCCGCUCUCCCACGCCAGGAACCGACCCUCGCCUCAAUCUGGUGCCGCUCGUUGCUGCUGCAGUCAUCCCACCCACCACCCUGCGUGCAUCAUCACACACCCCCCUCGUGCACGCACACAUCUUCCUCAACCUUGCAUUUAUAUACAUCAACAUCGCCCAUCGCACCAAAAGGGUAGACACCGCCCCUUCGUGCAUAGACGCAUAGCACAGGGGUUCAGCAGUGCGUUGACGAGCACAUCGGUGCGCGUCCCAUCACCCCCUCCAAACUCUCGCCCUUGGACCGCACACGAAUCGUACACCCGACACACCCGACACAUUCCAUCGUCCUUUGACGACUCUCACAACUCGCAGCCCAGCAACAACUGGCCCCAAAUCGCUGUCGAAACUCCCUCCCCGACAGCACCAUGGGAAACACUUCAUCCCAGCCCGCACCAGCCUCGGGUGGCCGUGGGACCCCAGCAAACGGUCGAGACGCGUCGGCGCCGCCCGGAGCUGCUGCUGCCGCCGCCACAGCAGCAGCAUCAAGUACAGGCCCGGUGCCGCCCCCAAAGUCGCCAUCUCCUGCACCUCCCCAGACCCCACUACUAUUGCCGUUUGCGGGCCACCUAUCGCCACAGAACCCACAUGCGCUCGGUCUGCCGCAAACGCACGACUACUCGAAGCAGGCGGUGACCGAGCUGAUCCUCGAGGCUCAGCUCGCACCCUUCUACCGCGGCCUCGACGACUUUGAGGAAGAAUGGGAAGAGAACGAUAUCAAGCGCGCUCUUGACGAAACUCGCGAGAAGGACUUUGAGGACGACGUAAACAAUUCGUACACAGCCCGGCUCAAGGUCCUGCGUGAGGGCGGCAACCCCUUCCCCAAGGAAACACUUGCCGACAAGGACGAGCAUGACCGCCGCGAGGUCAAAGCGUAUCUCGGUGCUGUGGAAUGUCCCAUUUGUUUCCUGAGCUAUCCUCCCAACAUCAACACAUCGCGAUGCUGCGAGCAGCCACUGUGCACCGAGUGCUUUGUGCAGAUGAAGCGUAGCGAGGCGACCGUGACACAUCUCGAGUCGGAUUCGGCGUGCUGCCCGUACUGCAUGGAGCCCGACUUUGGAGUCAUUUACGAGCGGCCGUCGCCGCCGCGAGUGUCACCCGCCGCUGGUGUCACUGGUGGCGUGCUUAUCAGUGCCGCUGCCCACGCGCUAUCUACUUCGCCAGAGGCUGGCACCAGUGGCUUCUCGCAGGCGCUCUCGCUGUCCGAGGACACUCCGCUCAGUAGCUCGCCGGCACCAUCCCCGGGUCUCUCCAAGCCGGAGGGCACUCGCCGCAAGAGUGUGUCGUCCAAGGCCAAGGAGGUCAUCACCAUUGACCAGAUUCGACCCGACUGGGAGGCCAAGCUCAACGCUGUCAAGGCUGCGGCCGCUCGUCGUGCUGCGCGCCGCAUCGUCAUGCGUCAAGUGGGCGACCGCCUGAUUCCCAUUGGAUACACUUCGGCGCGGGCAACGGGCCAGGCCGACUUUAGCAUGUCCAUUCCGCAGGAAGAGGGAGGCGGCGGCGGUAGCCGUAGAUCGCGACGCAACCGCGACCGUGAGCGCGAGAUGGAGGAGCAGAUGAUGAUUAUGGAGGCCAUGCGGCUGUCGCUCCUCGACCACGAGGAGCACCAGCGGAAAUCUGCUGCCGAGACCAAGCCUGGCGAUGGCCGGACGAGUGGCUCGGCGACGCCCGUGGGCGAGUCUUCUUCCCGCCGGUCUUCGUCGGCGACCGGAACAUUCGCGUCGUGGAAGAACAACUCGAACGGCAAUGCUUCCAAGCUCUUAUCCAAGCUGUCAGGUAACCGCAGCCGCUCCAACUCGAAGAGUAGCGUCCAUUUUGCGCCGUCCCCCACGACACUCGGCCCUGGCGACGGCACCCCGAGAGCACCGUCGCCUGCGGGCCCGUCGAGCAGCCUCGGGGUGAACAACCGUGCGCGAUCGAGCUCGUCGCCUAGCCCAAGUCCCAGGCUCGGAACUACCGACUCUCACCCCUCGUCACCGCUUGCUGCGCCUGCCCAGUCGCGACACAGCCUCGACGUUCACGUGCCUGCGAGCGGGCACUCUCUGCGGACCGCAGAGGCGUCAACAGAAGCAAGUGCGGCGGUGCAAGACAAGGGCAAGGGCAAGGCGGAGCCCAAUGGCACGGACGCAGUCGUGCCUACAGUGGAGGUGGAGCCUCCCAAGGGCGAGGAGGACGCCAAGGUCGCCGGUUCACCGGCCCUAGGUGCCGAGCCUGCCUCGCACUCGCCGACGCCCGAGUCGCCGCUGGACACGGCCUCGACUGCGCCGAGUGUCCAGACGCCGACCGACUUCAUGCACCAGUCGCUGCGUGAGGUUCUCACCGAGAGCCCCGUGGCUGAGAGCCCAGUAUCUGAGAUUCCCCUUUCCGCGACUGGGGCGUCCAAGGCAGCAGCUGUGCACGCCGAGGAUGCUGGCGCUUCAACCGGCGCGGGCGCCGGCGCAGACUCCCAGGGCGUCGCUACGGCUGCUGCUGCUGCUGCUGCUGCUGCUGGCGAGCCGUCCAAGGACUAG